UAUAUAUAUAUAUAUAUCACCCAACCCAACAUCAAGUUAAUUCUCAAACAAACUUGAACAUUUGACAAAAAAUGUCUCUUAGACAAAGAUCAUCGGCAUCAAUCCCCAAUGAACCUCCCACCAACUCGUCUCAAAACGACGUCGUUUCGGUUACCCCGCCGCCCCAGAGCGCGCUCGCCCAAGCCCUACGAGGCUCGGCGAACCUCGCCAACCUCCUCCCGACCGGCACCCUUUUGGCCUUCCAGCUCCUAACCCCAAUCUUCACCAACGGCGGCGCGUGCGACGCCGCCACGCGGCCCAUGACCUUCGCCCUCCUCCUCGUCCUGGCCCUCUCCUGCUUCCUCGCCUCCUUCACCGACAGCCUGAGGUGCGCCAACGGCGAAGUCCACUACGGGUUCGCGACGCGGGAGGGGCUGUGGCUGUUCGACAGCCCCGACGCGGCGGCGCUGCCCGACCUCCGGAAGUUCCGGUUGAACGCGAUGGACGUGGUGCAUGCGUUUGUGUCGGUGAUGGUGUUCGUGGCGGUGGCGCUGAGGGAUAAGAAUGCCGUCGGGUGUUUCUACCCGAGGCCGGCGCGUGAGGUGCAGGAAGUGUUGGAUAUCGCUCCUAUUGGGAUUGGCCUCAUUUCUAGUUUGUUGUUCGUGGUUUUUCCUAGUAGAAGGAAUGGGAUUGGUUACCCCGUUACAAGGGAUCCCAUGAAUUAAUCACACUAUCUAUCAAAAUUUCAACUUUGAAUGCCAAUCAUUCAUCAUGGGUUUGCUUGUAAUUAGAUGAUGUAAUUUGAUUGAUUAUUUGUUAGGUUAGAUAGCAAUGACAUGAUAGCAUAAUGUGAUUUAUUACGUGUUUCUUGUUAUUGGGACUA